GAGAGAGAGGGCUGUGGCGUCCAAGCAGGACAGGAGGGUGUGCGGGACAUCAAGCGCACCAGCAGGUCAAGGAGCUGCAGCAUGGAGAUCAGACCAGACAGGUUUAAGGCGGUCGCGGGCAAAACUCUGGGGAAAAUUCACAGGCUGAUUGAGAAGCGGCAGCCCAAUGGAGAAACCAUUGAGUUAUCAGCGGAGGGCCGUCCUGAGCUGGUGGAGGAGAAGGAGCUGCCGGUGGUGGACUGUACCUGCUUUGGUUUGCCCAGGCGGUAUAUCAUCGCCAUCCUCUCUGGCUUAGGGUUCUGCAUCUCUUUUGGUAUCCGGUGCAACCUGGGUGUGGCCAUUGUGAGCAUGGUCAAUGACCAUACUGUCUACAAAGGCAACAAGGAAAUACUUGUGGCUGCACAGUUCACCUGGGACCCUGAGACAGUGGGGAUGAUCCAUGGCUCCUUCUUCUGGGGCUACAUCGUCACACAGAUUCCGGGUGGUUUUAUAUGUCAAAAAUUUGCAGCGAACAGAGUGUUUGGCUUUGCCAUAGUGGCUACCUCCACCCUCAACAUGCUGAUUCCAUCUGCCGCUCGAUGCCAUUACAGCUGUGUCAUAUUGGUUAGGAUAUGCCAGGGCCUUGUUGAGGGUGUAUCAUACCCAGCUUGCCAUGGGAUCUGGGCCAAGUGGGCACCUCCUAUGGAGAGAAGUCGAUUAGCUACAACAGCCUUUUGUGGAUCUUAUGCAGGGGCUGUGGUGGCCAUGCCUUUAGCUGGGAUGCUGGUGCAGUACACUGGGUGGCCUUCAGUAUUCUAUGUCUAUGGCAGCUUUGGGAUAUUCUGGUAUAUGUUCUGGAUUCUUGUGUCUUAUGAGAGUCCUGCAGCACAUCCCACCAUCUCGCCUGAGGAGAGAAAGUACAUCGAAGAAGCGAUCGGAGACUCUGCAGCAUUUCUCAAUCCUCUACACAAAUUUAAAACCCCAUGGAAACACUUCUUCACCUCCAUGCCUGUCUAUGCCAUCAUUGUGGCCAACUUCUGCAGGAGCUGGACUUUCUACCUGCUGCUCAUCAGCCAGCCAGCCUAUUUUGAAGAGGUCUUUGGUUUUGAGAUCAGUAAGGUGGGCAUUGUGUCAGCUUUGCCUCAUCUGGUGAUGACAAUCGUCGUUCCUGUUGGAGGCCAGCUGGCAGACUACCUGAGAAGUCACAACCUGAUGUCCACCACCAACGUUAGGAAGCUGAUGAACUGUGGAGGGUUUGGAAUGGAGGCCACCCUCCUGCUGGUGGUGGGAUACUCUCACACAAAAGCCGUUGCCAUUUCCUUCUUGGUCCUUGCUGUAGGGUUCAGCGGAUUUGCUAUCUCAGGGUUUAAUGUUAAUCACUUGGAUAUUGCCCCUCGAUAUGCCAGCAUACUGAUGGGCAUCUCCAAUGGAGUGGGAACAUUAUCUGGAAUGGUGUGUCCUCUCAUAGUUGGGGCCAUGACCAAACACAAGACACGUGAGGAGUGGCAGGGUGUCUUCCUUAUAGCUUCCCUCGUUCAUUACGGAGGAGUGCUUUUCUAUGGAACCUUUGCUUCAGGAGAGAAGCAGGCAUGGGCAGACAUAGAGGACACAAGUGAAGAGAAGUGUGGUAUCAUUAAUGAGGAUGAACUGGCCAAUGAGACAGAGGAGCUCUACCGUGGAGGCGGGCAGUACGGGGCCAUGAGCCAAUUAGUGAUGGGUUCCAAUGGAGGAGGAGGAGGAGCUGGGCCUGGAUGGGUGACAGACUGGGAAAAAACUGAGGAAUAUGUGCAGCCACCUGGAUACAACUCGUACGUGUAUGAGGGCGAAGAGGAGAGGGAGCUGACAUAGAAGAUCAGCAUGAUACAAGUUUUAAAAAAAAUACAAGAUUAGGAAAAGAGGAGGAUUGUUUUUGGGAAGGAACUGUAAAAGAGUCACUGAAUGGACCUGCUGUGUGCGUUUGUACAUAUUUGGAAUUUCACAUUUCAAAUGUAUCUGAUUAAUUCCAUUGUGUGUGUGUGUGUGUGUGUGUGUAUAAGAGAGAGAGCAUGUGGGUGUGCGCGCAUGUAAAAGCAUGUGCCUGCAGGUGUACUUAAACACAUGUAGUAUUUAUUUGCAGCAAUUUUUUUCACAGACUUCCUUCCUGUAUUCCUGAGCUUGUAGUGAUUGGUCAGGAGUUGUGUUUCCGACGUCACUGAGGAGAUUCUGUGUGUGUGUGUGUGUGUGCGUGGUAGGCUUUUUUGCCUGUACAGCAACUCUCAAGCCACUGGCAUCGUUUUUUAUUAAAAUUUGAAUGUGUGUAAUUUUAAAGAGCUGGAAAAGCACCUUUGAGGUCACAGUUUUAAAUCAUACAACUUCUGAUCUUACAAAACUAUAAAAGCUCACUAUCAGUUAGUCUAGUCUAUAUUACUCUGAAGAUUCUCAGAUUUAAUAGAAUAUUGAUCACAUGAUAAAAUCAAUACACAAACUAAAAGCUGAGGUGUUUUCAUGAGCGAGGACAAGCUUGUCCUGCCAUCAGUCAUGCAAUGAGGUGAUUUUGUUUCAUCACAGCAAAUUUACAUUGCUUAAGCAAACGUAAGUGAAGUAUGCUUGCACGUGAUUGUCAGCAUGGUGAUAAUCUGUCAUGUUUUAAAACCUCAGUGACUCCAUUCAGACUUUUCAGUCAGAGAAUAAAAUGAUUACGUGUUGUAUCAAUUUGUGAUUUGGACAUUACUGGACCUCAACACACCCUCAUGCUUUUGGUGCUUUUGAUGCACAAGGCAUGUGCUUGAAUGUGUGCUCUAAGCUGCAUGUGGUGUCUAGCUCAGUCUUACCUGGGCCAGUAUGUCAUGUUCAGCCAGGCUGAUGGGUCACAAGGCACAUAUCAAAAGUAAUCACAUGACACUUGUGACUUUCUGUUUGUUGUGUUACUCUGAUUGGAGAGGUGGCCCAGAAUGACAGGUAGAGUGUGAUGGUCACUUAACUGUUCCACUGCUUAAUCAGCACAUGACAAUAGUUAUACCAUUUCUAGACAUCACAGCACAUGCUGCCUUCUGUUUCAGCCCUUUUCUGUCUCUGUGGCUCUAUCCCUCUCUGUUUUUCUUCUUGUGUUUAAUGGGACAUUUUCUGUCGUCUUCUUUUCUGGUUUUAGUCUCAGUUGGCGCUCUUUCUUUGUCUUUAAAUGUUUGAAAUGGAGGUUCAGAGCUUUUCAGAUUGUACGUAUCUGUGUGUGAUGGUGAGCGUGCUGAUGUGUUGGGUGCAGGUGCUGAAACAUGGAGCGGUGAGCAUAUUUUAAUGAGCACAGCAGUGCAGUACAGUACCCUGUCAUCCCUCUCUUGUUUUUACACACAUAGGGUGCAAAUUUCAUGCAACCACAGUCAAAUUGCACAGUGUGCAGAGGGAGGGGUGGUACAAUAUUUGCUAUUUAAGUUGCUUUAGGAGUAAUGUGCACUCAUGGUACAGAUUGAAACAGGUGGGAAUUAACAAGAAUUUAAGGGUGUGUUGAGGUCCAGUAAUGUCCAACCACAUCAUUCCCUGACACACUGACAGCUGGGUAUUGGAGUGAGAGUCCAGAGGCACCUUUGCUGAGAGAACAUUAACAUUCUCAUACAGGAGAAUAAUUUUUGUGCAAGCGACACAGUACAACUUUGUUCGUCUGCACAGAUGAUAGAUACAGCUAAUAGAUUCACACAUGAAACAACAUGUGCAUGCACACACACACACACAAGGUUCUGCAUUCUGUGUGUACUCAUAGGCCAUGCUGAUGCACGGUAACUUAUUUUUAAAAUUAGAUUUGCAGGCGGUUCAUUAUCAGAUAAAGAAUCAAGAAUUUCUGUUUAGGCCUAACUUACAGAAGGUUUGUAAUUAGAACUCACUUUUGUGAGAAAAACUGUUGUAAUGAGGAUAUUUUAAUCAAAUGAGGAUUUAAUGGUAAAAUGUGUUGGUAUGUUAAUACAUUGUGUACAUGUCUAAGUGACGAUGGGAAAUUGUUAUUGUGUUCUGAGUGAAAUGUGUAAAAGACUUGAAUGAUUUUUCCAGUUAAAAAUGAAAGUGUUAAGUGUUGUAUUAGUGGGGUUUUUUUUAUUGAGCUUCUUCUUUGUCUCAUUUUAUGGUUGUUCCAGUGUUUUGAUGAAAUACCUGGUUACCUGGUGGGAAUUAAUGUAAAAAUAAAAAGGAAAAUAUUUUAACAUACAAAGAUUUCAAACAUGCGCUGUGUAUAAAAGAUGUAUAUGUGAGAUAUGCUUGUGUCUAAUAAAA